CAUGUCUAGCAAAUCUCGCUCAGCGCCAGAGCUUUACAUGCGUUCGGCGGAAACGCAAACGCAAAAGCAAACGGGCACGAGAAGAACGCGUGACACGCAUGACGCGCCUGACACGCAAGACACACGAGACACGCGGGACACGCAGACCACCAGCGUCAGACUGGAGGAUACUUCCGUAUCGCACGAGACGAGCACGAAUCCCUACUACCAUGACUAUAUAGCACCGCUGGAGUCCGAGUCGUACAUUCACAAGAGAGAAGUGUCACGCAUCGGCUUCCUCUCCAACGUCUAUGUGCUGCUGAUCGUCCAAGUGUGCGUGUCCACACUCCAGUGGCUGGUGGCCACCUACCGCAUACGGCUGCAGUUGACCUCGCCGGAGCGCAAUUUCACAGCGUUGGUGCUCUUCCUGAUCUGGCUGAACCUGACGCUGGCCUUCUUCGGCUUCCGCCGCCUGCAGCUGACGGCGCCCAUCAACUGGAUCGUGUUCGUCAGCAUAUUCGAGAGCCUCACCCUGCUCGUGAUGUGCCUCUGCACGCAUGACAUGGAGCUGACCUGGCCCUACAUUGUGACCGGGAUCGCCGUCGUGCUGAUCUAUACGCCGCUGGGCCUCUGGCUGCCCGCCUUCCUCACCGUCAAUCUGUGGAUACUGAUCUUCCUGAGCAUCAGUGUCCUGAUCACCAGCACCGUGGCCCUGGUCACUCGGCUGGCCAUGCACGUCUUCGUGCCGCUGACCAUUUGCCAGAUGAUGUUCGGGCCCUGGACCAUGUACAAUGCCUUCCAGCUGCACGCCAUUCCCCGGGAGAGCUACCGGAGGUACAGCUUUCUAAAGCAGGCGGCCCAAAUGUACAUCGCCUUCGGCUGCACUGUGGGCGGCCUGGUCGUCGUCAGCCGCAUCGCCAACGACGCCAUUGAGAUUGAGAGCUGCAAGGCAGUGGUGUUUUGUGGGAAGCGAUCCAUUAGCCUGACGUAUGGGCCAGGGAAUUGAAUCGAAUCACAACAACAAACAGCUGCCACUUACUGAUCUU